AUGACGAAGUGGUUCCCCAGUCUCUUUGCGACCUUAAUGGCACAGAAAUCAUACUGCCAGAACAUUGGGGACUCACCUAAGGCAAAGGGAGUCGUCCCAACUGUGUCGGGCCAGAUAGGCGUUAAUCCUGUGACAGACCUUGGGCCCGAAAGAUAUCAUAAUAUUGGUCCGAAUACUCAGUGGUAUCAGCCUGAUGGUUCAACCACGAAGUGGAUUGGCCCGAACACCGAGUACCUUACCGACCUCCCUUAUACUACUACUGUCAACAACCAACCCACUGUGACAAAAGCCCCUGCGGCAGUUGUUGCUGUUACCGCGACAGCCAGUGGGCAAGGUGUCUCGGCUGGAGAUGUUAGCAUUGCGAUUUCCCCCAAACUUCUUAACGUAUUGAACAGACUAUUUGAUGAAGCGCAAGCUUCCUGUGGAGGACAGAGGAAGCGAGCAUCAUGCGACAUAAACCAAAGAUUUGCUCAAAGAGUAGCUGAGGAGGUGAACCCAGGUGGAGCAUUCGACUUUGUAGGGCCUGAAAGCCGAGCUCUAUUGCCAAGCAUCGCUGCCAGCGAUGUUUCAGCUAUCGUUGGGUCAGCAGCGGCCGCAAGUCCUCUUGUAGGCCUCGCUGUCACAUGGGUAUUAGUCGGCAAGCUUCAGGCUUGGACCAUAGGCUCUGCCUCAGUCGUCCCGGGCGGGAAGGGAGAUGACGGAGACAACAAGUGUCCAGCGGAUGCACCUAGAGGUGUCGAUGCACCUCUUUGCGUAGACACUGAAUGCAAGGGAGAUAACACAAAAUCUAACCAAAAGUGCACAGAGGGCAAGUACAAAGGAUGUGACUGUCUUACCACUGGGGAGGUUGUCGAUGUGUAUGACGCCGACACAGCCCCAUAUGACGAUGGGCUGAGCUGGCUGGACCUGCAACAAAAGCUUCUAAAAGAUUUUGCCAGUGAAAGUUACAAGUCACCAUUCUGCUACCCCGGCGCAUUCCCCAGGGGUCACCGCAUACCCAAAGAAUAUUGCAAUUGCGGCAAUGACAACAGAAAAACCUUGAGAUACUCGGUUGCUACGUCAACGGCUUCGCCGUACAAUCCUUGUCCAUACACAACAAAUGACGGCCCAACCGUGACAUUCCAGACCGAGUCAACUGCGGCGCCGUCGGCGACGCCCGUUGUAGCAUGUGCGUCUGCACAGGAAAGAGGGUUCAGUUCGAGCGAUGGAUUCAAUUUCAUAAACCAGUUUUGCAACUAUAAAUACGGCCGUACACUACGAAUGAGGCCUGCUGGUGGUGGCAUGAGUAAUGCUGAAUCACAACUGUUCAACGGGAACAAGGAUCCCUUCGUUCGCAUCUACGCCUAUCUAGACGACGCAUGUAGAGAGAAAGAAUGGAUCAAAAUGGACAAGGAAGAAUGCACAAAGGCGCUUGACGCAAUCAUAAAUAACUGCGACAAAGAUACGGAGGAGAAGAAGAUGGGUGGCUCUGUGGCAAUCAACUGUCAAUGGUUCAAUAUCGCAGCAUUCAAGGGGCCCACACGAUGGCCCACCUGCAAUGGCAUUCCUAGCGAGGAGAGAUGCUAG